UCGCGAUCGCCGGCCAGGCAGCCGGCGGCAGCAGCAGCUUGCUGUGCAUGUACGUACGUACAUGUACGUACGUAUACCUCUCGCGCGCCCCUGCAUAAAUCUAUGACGCACGUACAAGCGCGUAGGUGUUGAGAACAUGCGCAGUGCUAGUGAAUGAAGCGCCUAGGGCUAACUAGCUCUCUCGAUGAAAAUGGCAGACAUAUUGAGCAAACGAGUGAUGGAGGUAUGUACUCGAGGACUGUUACAUGUUAAGAACGAACUGCAAAUUUGUUCAUCUGACAGUUAUGUGUAACACACCAGGAUGGUGGGACUAUUCACUCGCAAAUCACCAAUGAUGCUGCUGGAGUUUUCAGGACAAGACUGAGUGUGACUAGGAAUUUGGAAUAUUGAUCAGUACACUGCAUGCAAACAUGGAAGGAUUUCAAGCUGGCAAAAAAUACUUUUCUCCCCGUCUACUGGAUUAUAUAUUAAUUGUGGGAAGUCGCCAUCCAUAUAGCAACAAUAAUGUUGCACAAACACCAGAAAUGCUACGUCGUUACCCUCAAGAUGACCACCCAGAUUUUCCGUUACCUCAAGAUGUUGUGUUCUUUUGUCAGCCAGAAGGUUGCCUCACAGUUGGACAGAAGAAAUUGAGCCUCAGAGAAAACACAUCCUUUGUUUUUACUUUGACUGAUAAAGACAGCGGAAGAGCAAGAUAUGGUAUUUGUGUCAACUUCUAUCGGCCCUUUAAAUCCUCUGAUAGAAAGAUGGAACAUCAGAAUGAAAAGGCUUUGCAUAACGACAGAGAGAAUUCCAACAGAAAUGGAACUCUAAGUGUGCCCUCAGAUGAAGGACAAAGGAAAAGGUCACCAAGAACUCGUAGAAAACUCAAGCAGGCCAAGAAAGUUCGCAAUAAUUCCCUGACAUCACUGUGCAUACUGAGUCAUCAUCCUUUCAUCUCUACCUUCAGAGAGUGUCUGUUCAUCCUAAAGCGGCUUAUUGAUUCCUGUAAUGACAGAACAUGCAGUCGAAAAGUAGGUGGCUCCAAAGGAUCAUUAAGGUGAGGUUGUUGCAAAAUCUUAUGUUGA